GAAAUAAAACGAAGCGAGCGCAAAGAAAUCAAUUGGAUAUUGCAUAUCCGCGAACAAUGAAACAAGGUCAGACCAAAGAGAAGCGGGGUACUAUUCAUAAAAGUUCACAGCAUAAUAGUAAAAAAGGAAAUGGAAAAAAUACUAAAAAAGCCAAGUUUCAUGAGCUUAUAGCUCGACAAAAGCAAAUAAAAGACAUAAAAAUUGAAAAGAAGAAGGCGAUAGAGAAAAAACGAGAAGAGCGUCUUCACAAACGUAAAGAACGUAACAUCUCAAUGCAGAAGUUGACAAGAAAAGGACAGCCUGUCAUGAAACACCGCAUUAAGCUACUCCUUAAACAGUUGUGUCCUGGAGAUGCAUAAAUAAAUUUUGUUGAUACCA